ACCGCGGCUGCCCCGGUGCAGAAAUCAGUGCCAGGCUGCGGAGCGCAAACGGUGCCGAGCGAGACCAUGAGCCACGGGCUGAGCCCUCCGUGGGGCUACUCCAAGGAAAACGGGCCUGAUCGUUGGCAUGAAACUUACCCAUUGGCCAAAGGAAGUAAUCAAUCACCUGUUGCAAUCCUUACCAAAGAUGUCUUCAAAGACCCUGUUCUACUGCCUUGGUUUACGGGCUAUGAUCCAGGCGCAUCAAAGGUCAUCACAAACACUGGAAAAACUUGCCGGAUUGCAUUUGAUGACACGUUUGAUCGCUCAGUAUUGAGGGGUGGACCACUCCCCGGAAUUUACAGGCUGCGUCAGCUCCACAUGCACUGGGGUGCUACAGAUGACAAAGGCUCUGAGCAUGUUGUGGAUGCAACAAGGUAUGCCGGAGAGAUUCAUAUAGUGCAUUGGUAUUCAAAGUACAGUAAUUAUGCAGAUGCUGUGAGAAAGCCAGAUGGUGUGGCGAUUUUGGCCAUUCUUUUACAGGUAGGAAAAAAUCCCAAGCCAGAAAUAAAGAGAAUUCUUGAAGGAAUAAAUGCUAUUAAAACAAAGGGAAAAGAAGCUCCUUUUCAAAACUUUGAUCCCUCCAUUCUUUUCCCUGCAAACCGGAGCUAUUGGACCUACCACGGCUCUUUUACCACACCUCCUUGUGAAGAGUGUGUUACCUGGAUUGUUCUGAAAGAACCUAUCAUUGUCAGUGAGGACCAGAUGGAAAGCCUUCGUUCCCUUUCUAGCAAGACUGCAGAUGAACCCCACUGCCCUUUGCUGGACAACUGGCGGCCUCUUCAGUCUCUUAAUAGCAGGAUGGUGAGAACUCCAUGCCAAUAGAAUCUGCAAAUCCACACUCAUGUGGAAUACUGUCUAUUGUUCCCCAUCUGGAUCUGUGCUGCUGAGCCAGAAACUCUGAGUUAUGAAACAGGGCAGAUGAUUAAAUAAAUGUAAUCUUCAGAGGACAAAAAAAAAGUGGGGCAAGGUCUAUUAAAAUAGAGAAUCCAUGUACGUAACCUUUGUUUAUAUUAGCAUUUGUAUGAAUAAUUCUAUGGAGGAAAAGCAUCAUCCAUCGUGUACUUCUUCAAUGAUUAAGGAUUUCUCUCUCUCUCCUCCCCCUCUUACACCCCAAUUAAUUGUUCUCAGCUUAUUCAAUUGAAUUUUUAUAUCAGUGUAAAUGAGAGAUAUUACAGGAGCAGAGAUAUAAGUUGGGUGUGUUUCUUUAUACUAUUCAUGUACUAUGAUGGCAUCCAUAGAAAUCACUGAAAUGUACCAUUUCAAUAACCAAAUUGUGAUUUUAAAAAAAACAUCCAAAUAAUUAACACUGUUUUAUUAUAGUAAGAAUACUUACUUUUAUUGUACAAUUAUAUACAUGGUACCAGUUUCAACUUUCAAAUGUAAUUUCAUGUUGGGUGAUUUGAACUUAUAGGCCUCUUUCAAACAUCCAGGAUUUUUUUUUAACUGUGUAUGUAGCUAAUAGUUAGUCAAGCAGUAAAUUAUACCAAAUCAUGCAUCAAAGACAUUUCACUAAGGGAAAUCCCUUAAUGUUAACAUGCUGCAUAUUUUACACUUUUACUGGAUUGUUUCUCUAAUGUGAAAAAGUUAUUUUCUGAUCUUGUUCACAUUACGGCAAAUUGUACUGUGUCAGUGAAGACUGUGCACUUAUCCAAAGCUGCUAAUAGAGAUGGGCUGAAAUUUCAUAACAAAAUGAAUUUUUUGAUGGGAAUCCCAUUUCACUUUUUUAAAUUCUUGGAUGAAUUUUGAAAUGGGAUUUCCCCCCCAUAAAUACAUGCUUUAAAAUACCAACAUUAAGAUUUUUGAAAUAGGUUUUUAUAACUCCCUUUUUCAGUACAUUUCAAUAAUUUAGAGAUGAUAAAAUACACCCCGUUCCAACUUUAACAUGAUAUUUGUAUUGUUUUCAAAUUAAAAAUAUAAUAAAACCAAGACCUGGGAUCUGUUUGUUGUACUAAAAUUGUAGGUUUUACAUCUGAAAAAAUAAUUUUAAUUUCAAAUUAUUAAAAGCAUUUUCAAAAGCUGUAAUAAAAUAAGGUGGUUUCUAGCGAUUGUUUUUCUUUUUGCAUUGAUCUUAUGCUUUGUAGCAGGAGUAACUGAGAUAGCAUGGCAUGAUGGCAACAUAUUGGCUUUUGUAAAAUAAAUAAAUAUUAAUAAAUCUAUUUCUGAGAUGCA